UGAGGCAGCAACGCGGAAGUGGAGAAACAGGCUCCACGUCAUUGUAGGUGCACUACUGCGACCAAGCCAUGGGGUUUGCUGACAUGUAACUGAAGCUCCCAGCUACUGAGCCAUAAUAGCGUUUGUCCUCGCAGGCAAGCAGAGCAGCGACGGUUUCCAGAAAUUGGUUUCUUCAGAUUGACAGCUUUGGUGCUUUUCCCUGAUGGGUGAAUCAGGGCCACGCCGCUCCACCCUGGUCUCCAGGUUGCCUAUCUUCAGGCGCAGUGUAAGGAAGAGGCAGGACUCUCUGCCAUCCUCUCCCUCCUCUGGUGGUGUAGGCAAUGGUGUGCACACUUCAUCUCCCUCAAGCACCAACUCGAGCUCUAGCAGCACGGGAAAGCGGCGCAGCCUUUUCCGAACACCGUCCAUCAGCUUUCAUAGCAAGAGGAGCAGCGAGUUACGCGCCGAUUCCAACCAACUCGGUGCAGACAAUCGGAGCCGGCUGUCCGAACCGGGCUUCAAUGACGGUUGCAACCACAAGGCACGACACUCGUUUGGAUUUGGUGGACACAAGAAGAAGCUCAGCCGCUCCCAGACAGAGGACUUUGAGAAAGCUCCAGCUAACCGCAAUGUUUUCAUCAACUGCAUUAGCUCAGGGACGAAUGAGGGAGAUGAUUCAGGUUUCCUUGAUGAUGUCAGCAGCAAGAGAUCUUCCAAACCAAAAAAGCUGCUGCCCAAGUCCUUUUCGGCCCACCAUCGGUUUUCCAAGAACUCCUCUAACCAGGUUGAACAGAAUCAAAGCAAGGACGAUGCUCCCAAGACAGGAACUCCAGGUUCCUGGCCUGGAGAACUUGCAGAGAGCUCUCUACAAUCUCCCAUAGUUUCUGAGGAUCGCACAACAGCCCUUACACCCUCAGACUUUGUCCAUGUCACCGAGGACACUGUCUCUGAAGUGGAUGCUCUGCCUGUUCCGAGUCCAGCUGAAGUCCCCCCUGAGAUAAUCACCCAAGGUGUUUCUACCUCACAGACAUGCGCCAAACCAGAUCAUUGUGCUAUGGAGAAGCCUAUACUGCCAGAUAUGAGCCAAACUGCCAACACACAGUGUGAAAGUACCACUGUCCAAACAGAACCAGAAACAUUGAAUGAAGCAGAGGAGCAGCACCAGGAUCAGAUCGAAGCCAGUGAAAACGAACUGAACCCAGAGCUGAGUGAGGAGAGCAGCUCCAAUGCAGAGCCCAGAGAAAGAACACACCGAAAUACCGUGCUGGUCCAGCAGCUAGGAAAACCAGCAGGCCUGGGCAAACUGGAGAGCAGGCCAAGCUAUCUGAGGAAACCUCACACAGUGUCCAUGUGCAGUAGUAUGAGCCCACGCCGUGAGGUGAUACGUUUGGAGCGGAGGCUGCGCUCAGCUUCAGAGGGAGCCGGAGGACCAAGACUUCACCUCAACCUUAAAGAGCAUACCUGCAUGGAGAGCAGCAUGCUGGCCAAACACAGAACCAACUCCACGUCCUCCAAACUGGGCAGCAUGGAUGUCUUGAACAAUCUUGGUUCUUCUGAGCUAGAUGAGGAUGAUCUAAUGCUGGACCUGGAGCUCUCAGAUGACCAGAGACAUCGACAUGCUUCUCAGGAAGACUCCAGCCAAUCUCUUGCCUCCUGUCUGAACCUGCUGCCGUCCCCCCUGGAUCUGCCUACGGACCAGAACACUGCCAAGGAGUGCAGAGAGAACAACAGAGAGCCACGGCCAUUGUCCCUCUGUGUGUCCUGUGAUGAUGAGCUGUUCUCUGGGCUGGAGACAUUGCCCUUUAGGCUGAUGCAGCAGGACUGCACGGCCAUGAAAACGCUCCUGCUGCGUCUUCGGAGGGUUUUGCAGGAGAGCACUGAGCCCAGCCCUGCCAGUAGCCUUCACUCUUUACCCAUAAGCCCUUGCAGUGAGAAGUCACCAGCUUUCAAGGAUCCAGGGCGAGAUGAGAGCCACUCCCUGCAGCAGCAGCUGAAAGAGAAGGAUGAGUUGAUCCUGCUUCUGCAGACUGAGCUGGAAGCUGCCCGUUCUGUGCAGAAACCCCUUUGCCAAAAAACUGACAAAACAACCCAGACAGAUCCUCCAGCCCCAGAGGCUGUCCAUCCAAGUCGAGCCAUAGGCAAUAGCAGCAGCAGCAGUCUUCCAAGGGAGCGAAGGUCAGCCAGAUUAUCCAGUUGGGGAGAAGAGCGCCAUAGUGGAGGAAUGGGUACUCGAGAUCCCGCUGCAGUCCAGAGGAGAUCUGAACAAACAUACUCAUCAUCAUCGGAGGCGACCACACCGCGAAAGCUAGAUCAUCCGGGUCCCUCUCAGAUCCCUCGCGCCGUGGUGAGCGGCAGCUCUUGCAGCCUGUCCUCAGACAGCGAGAGACUCGCCAUGCCAAGGCCACACUCGUCAUUCAGCGGGCGUCUGGGCCAGCCACCACGCGGGCCACUCUCUCUGCACAUGUACAGCCGCAAGAACGUCUUCCUCCAGCACUCACUCUACACGACCGAAUUGCAGGCACUCGGCCAGCAGGAUGCUUGAAGUCACACACACACACACCUACAAACACACACUUUAAAUUAGACUUCUGCACUAAUCAUCAAUCCCUCUGCCUCAGCAGAUGUUUGACCUCUGUACGCUUUGGACAGAGCCCCAAUCUAGCUUCUGCAGCUAUUUUAAAAAUGCCAUCAAUCCUCUGUUGACCCUGAUUGACCUGCACAGGUAGAGUUCAUUACGCAGCUGUGUGACAAGGCCAGUAUGGCAGAGUAGUGAUGCCAGUUAACUGACUCACUGCUCGCUGCUGAAAGACUGACAUGGGAGAUAAUUCGGCAUUACUUUUUUCAAAUGUGUAACUAUGUUUUUGUUUUUUUUUUUUUUUUUUUUUUAAAUCUGUGUAGUAGUGAUACCAGUGAUAAUGUCUAUGUGUGUAUUUAAGCUUAGCAUCUCCACUUACCUCCACUGAUUGACAAAGAGAAGAGAAAACAUAACGGUGAGCGUUUAUGAGAACAUACCAGACUUGGUAGAACUGAAAGACAAGCACUCGUGUCUUAAAUCAAAUCCAGCUGUGCUUAAUGUCUAUUGUGUUAGAGAUCUUGUGUGUACGGAACGUACACAUUUGUAAUUUACCCACCAGCAUCUUUUUUGCACCAACGAAUGUGGCCCAUGCACAUGUUGCCAACUCUGAGGGAUUUUAAGCUCUUGCUGCUAGCUGGGAAUUAUUCUAACACUCAUUAACCUUUACUAAUUGCAUGCUACUUUACUACUUUUUUACAUGGCAUAAACAGAAAAUCAAAACCGAGACUUUUUGUACAGUGGCUUAGAAAUAGCUCUUACAGUAUUUUAAUAGGAAGCAGUGGCAACUUCUUGUCAUCACCACUGCCUCGUCUAUAAAUAGACACCAGGUGAGUUCAUUUUGCUCCCGACUCACAUGACUCUCAGACGCAACUGUUCUUGCCCUACAUGUGAUAACAGUCAACUCCCAAUCCAGCAAUCCUCAUAUUUAUAAUACAUAAAGCACACUAAACUUCACUUCCCAAAUGGUGCAUAAGAGCUUCAUUUAAGAUAUUUGUUAAAAAAUGGAUUCACAUUCUGUGGUGACUUGGAUAAAUGUAAAAAUAUCUGUACACCCUGUACAAGGAGCUUGGUUAUAUAUAUAUUUUUCGUCCAAUGUUGGGACAGCUUUGCACUUCGGACCAAUGAGCAUCGAAGGGCAUUCAGAGGGGAAGGAAACCCUGAAGAAACUCACUUCUAUCUAUCCAGCAGGUCUGCUCCCGGAGGUCCGCUGCUCCACUUACAGCAAUCUGCUGGGAGCGGCAGCGUUCUCUCUCUCAGCCCUACUUGUACAGCUCUGAGAGAGAGAGAGAGAAAGAGAUUUCGCAUGCUCUCGCCAUCACCUUGCUGUGAUCUCAAUAUCAUCCCUCUGUGAAACUGGAACAUGCUUCUUACGUGAUUUAAGAAUGACCUUGCAAGAAUGGAGACUUCACUUCCCUUGAACGGUUGCUUUUACUGAUACUGUUAUGGCAGAACUCAAACUCAAAAUGCAUGUUUGAAGAGACAAGCAGCUUUCAUCUAUGUGUUACUCAACCAUUUUCCCUUCAGCUAUUAAUUGGCAUAAAACCAUUCAAGGUAAAUGCCAUGAUGGCAAAAGCACGGGUAAUUAAUUAGUGAGUACGAGUGAGAUGAGCAGAAUGAAUGGCACUUGAUUGAACGUUGAUGGAGAACUCAUUCAUAAGACUGUAUGUAUGAAACACAUCCUCGGAACUGACACUUUAAGUCAACUAGAUUAGCUAUUUAUUUUGCGCCUUAUUUAUUACGUGCAUUGUUGUGAUAUCACUCGAAGGUCUUAUUUUGUAUGUGGAACUUUGAAAACUGGCAUCCUCAUAAAGGAUGCUCUCGAUUUAUUAUGAUUUAUUAUCAUGCUGAGAAAAAUUAUCUGUAAAUGAUGUAUUUUCCAAGAUGUACAGGGUUCAUUUAAUAACAGCACUUUGAAGAAGUGAUUUUAAACCAUGAUCAUGCUGAGAAGUUAAUUGAAUACUUUCCUGUACUUUUUCUCUCAACAGUGAUUUUCACAAUAAUGUUAUGAUUUACA